CUAAUAUGGCUUAGGUCUUUAAAAAUUUUUAAGUGGGUGUAUUUUUUUGAGGUAAAUACAAAUUUAAUAUAUAACUUUUCUAGUCACUGGGUAUGUAUAAGCUUAGCGUCUAAAAUGAGUUCUGGCUUACGAUGGGGAAACAGAAAAAAGGAAGAGGUCGAUCUUUCCCAGUUAUUAUCGGAACUUGAUGAGCUUUUUGCUGAGGAUCCUUUUGAUCCAGAAGAUUAUGUAGAAAGGCUAUCAUGGCGUAUUGGUGGUAUACAAAGUGACAGUGAGAACUUUGAUCCUAGUGCACUUCACAAAGCUUUUGAACAAGCUAUUCACCAUCUUCAGUUAACUUAUGAAUCAAAGCAGAGGCAAUGUGGAUGUCUGGAAAUGAUUUGUAGAGAAGAAGAAAAAACACACUGGGGAAAAGUUAAAGAAUUAAUUGAAAAGAAUAAUGCUGCAUAUGAAACAUUCCAUGAACUUGAUGAAAGAAUUGAUUUUGUUGCAACAAAAGUUGUUCAUCUGGGAGACCAGCUGGAAAGUGUAAAUACUCCUAGAGCCCGUGCUGUAGAAGCACAGAAACUGAUGAAUCACUUUGCUGAGCUUUUGAGUCCGGAACCAACAACUGAUGGUGUUCUGAAUGAUCCUAAUAAACUGUUUGAAGCAGCUGACAUUAUUCAGAAACUUCAUCUUAUAGCACAAGAGUUGCCAUCAGGGAAACCUAAAUUUGAGAAGGCUCGUCAGAGGAUUGCCAAAAAGUACGAUGAAAUUGAGAGGGAACUGAUAGAUGAAUUUGUUAAAUGUCACCAAUCAGACAAUCGAGUGAAAAUGAAAGAAGUUGCUGGAAUUCUUUCAAACUUCAAAGGUUAUUCUCAGUGUGUUGAUGCAUUCAUUGAACAGAGGCAAAUGAGUCUGCCCUCUAGUGGUGAUAUUUUAUCAAGGAUAGUGCCUUCAUGUGUGGAAGCUCUUGCAGUUAUGCAAGAGGUCUUCACUGAUCCUGAGCAAGUGAUGUCAAAAUACAUUUUGAAUAUUUUUCAUGGUAAACUUCAAACUCAUAUCAAAGCUGAAUUAAUGGACUGUGGGAAUCCUGAAAGAUAUCUUGAAAAAUUCGAAACUCUUUAUUCCAGGACAAAAAAACUCACUCAAGAUUUAACUGCUAAUAAAAUAGGGAGUGAUCCAACAUUUCUGAAUAAGCUAACUAAAAAUAUAUUUGCACGAUAUCUUGAAAAUUAUAUUCAUAUUGAAAUUCGCUGCUUGAAGGAUAAAUGUGAAAAUACAUUGAAUAUGUAUUAUAACUCCAAAAAUCAUCAAAAGAAACAGAUACAUUUUGGAGGAAUACAUGAAUUGCGCCGUGAUAUUCAAGCGAGAAUUGGGUCCAGGACUAAUAUCAUAAGUUCUAUUGUAGAUAAUUAUGGUGGAGAAACUUUCUUAUCAGAGGAUGUUGCUAUGAAUAUUUUACUAGAUUGUAAAAAGGCUUUUAACAGAUGCCAGUUGUUGUCAAAACAGCAAUCAGAAUUACCACAGAAUGCUGUUUUACUGUUUGAUGUUUUAUUACAUUAUUUGUUUGAAGAGCAUGUUUCUUAUGCUUUGGAGCUUGGCUUAUUAGCCAUUCCAUUACCGGAACCAAAGAGUCCUCCAGAAAUUUAUUUCUUUGAUGUCAUAAGACAGUGCAAUGCCAUAUACCACUUAUUUGAAAAACAGUUUGGUGAUACUAUUGUUCCUUUAGUACUUUCUACGCCAAAGCAUGGUGAUUGUUUGCAGAAGAAGAAAAAAACUGUAGAAGAAAUGGAAAUUAAACUGCAUACUGGGCUUGAAAGAUGUAUCACAUCUAUUUUGGGUUGGGUAAAAUUUCUUCUACAGUCUGAACAAAAAAAGACUGAUUUUAAACCUGAGACUGAAAUGGCAACAUUUGAUGCUGAUAAAUCUACUGUUGCUUGUAGUUGUGUAGUUAAAUUCAUUACAGAAUGUGUUAAGAAGAUUAAAGUUACUCUUGAUGGAAAGAAUGUAGAAGCAGUUUUAACAGAAUUAGGGACAAGGCUGCAUCGAGUAAUACUUGAUCAUUUACAGCAGUUCCAGUACAGCUCUAUUGGUGCUAUGGUUGUUAUCUGUGAUUUAAAUGAAUACCGCCGCUGUGUUCGAGACUUCCAGAUACCUCUGUUGAAUACAUUAUUUGAAACAUUGCAUGCUUUAUGUAAUUUGCUGGUAGUUGAACCAAGCAAUUUGAAACAGAUGUGCACUGUUGACCAAUUAGCAUGUCUUGAUCGUACUGUGCUCAUGAACUUUGUUCAACUACGUGCAGAUUAUAAAACUGCAAAGCUUGUUAAUCAAUUUCGAUAGUUUUAUUUAUGAAAGAAGAGCUCUGUAAUUAUUAAAACUAUCACUUUGUUAUAGCUUCAUAUUGUAAAUUAUAUUUGCUAAUAAAUUAUUUCAAAUCAGUUUUAA